ACAGCGACACACACACACACACACACAGUAGUGCUUGGCAAGCGCAGAUGUCAUACAUCAAGCCAGAUCAGAGUUCGUCACCUCCUCAGACUGUACACGUUUGUCAUUGACGGUGGAUCUGGGCUACGUUCCUCGCUCUCGCCGUCUCUUUCUCUCCCUUUCUGGAACCUUCUAAACCUCGCUUUGCAAAAAGAAAAAAAGCUUCCUAUAUGCCGUGAUUCUGUGACCUGUCCACCUCCCACACAGUGGAAAGUGUGUAUCAUAAAUACUGAAGUGAGGGAGCAGACGGAGAGAGAAAGCAUCUGAUGAGGAGCGAAAAGAAAUCUCUAGACAAGAAAGUGUCUAAAAUCUGAUCUUCAACCAGGAAAAUUCUGUGUGAGGUUCUCCAACAGAGGGAAAAACACACAUCUACAACACACUGACUCGUUUUUAUAUCAGACUCAUGACGACUAUAGACGCUCGUGACCCGCUUCCGUCAUGAUCGACCCCGCGGCCGAUCUGCCCUUCUUCUACGGCAGCAUCAGCCGUUCGGACGCCGAGCAGCACCUGAAGCUGGCAGGGAUGGGCGACGGUCUCUUCCUGCUGCGUCAGUGUCUGCGCAGCCUGGGCGGAUACGUGCUGUCUGUCGUCUGGAACCUGGAGUUUUAUCACUACCCGGUGGAGAAGCAGAUGAACGGGACGUACUGCAUCUCGGGCGGAAAGGCCCACUGCGGCCCAGCUGAGCUCUGCGAGUACUACAGCAAGGACGCGGACGGUCUGGUGUGCCAGCUCAAGAAGCCGUGUCUCCGCCCCGCAGACACGCCCAUCACACCCGGUGUCUUCGAUACUCUGAGGGACAACAUGCUUCGCGAGUACGUCCGGCAAACAUGGAACCUGGAGGGCGAGGCCAUGGAGCAGGCCAUUAUCAGUCAGGCUCCUCAGUUAGAGAAGCUGAUCGCCACCACGGCCCACGAGAAGAUGCCCUGGUACCACGGCAGAGUCCCGCGUCAGGAGGGUGAGAGGCGGCUCUACUCGGGCUCUCAGCCGGACGGCAAGUUCCUAGUGAGAGAGCGAGAUGAAGCCGGCACCUUUGCCUUGUCCGUGCUGUACGGGAAAACCACCUACCAUUACCAGAUCCUUCACGACAAAUCCGGCAAAUACUCCAUGCCUGAAGGAACCAAGUUCGACACGGUGUGGCAGCUCGUUGAGUAUCUGAAAAUGAAGCCAGACGGUCUGGUGACGUUACUACGGGAACCCUGCCUCAACCAGAACCACGCAAGCCAGACUCCGACCGUUCCUGGACCGAGGAGAAUCUUCUCUAAUGGCUACACGCCGCCCCCUGUAGCUCCCGGAGCGUGUAAGACCACAGGGCCGAUAAACCGCCAGGCUCUGCCGAUGGACAGCGAUGAGUUCGUCAGCCCGUACGCCGACCCCAAGGAGCUCCAGGAGAAGACACUCUUCAUCAAGCGUGAUAAGCUGAUGGUGGACGAGGUGGAGCUCGGCUCGGGAAACUUCGGCUGCGUGAAGAAAGGCGUCUAUAAGAUGAAGAGCAAACACAUCGACGUAGCCAUCAAGGUCCUAAAGAGCGAGAAUGAGAAGUCGGUGAAGGACGAGAUGAUGCGCGAGGCCGAGAUCAUGCACCAGCUGGAUAACCCCUACAUAGUGCGCAUGAUCGGGCUGUGCCAGGCGGAGGCGCUCAUGCUGGUGAUGGAAAUGGCACCGGCCGGGCCGCUCAACAAGUUCCUCUCCAGCAGGAAAGAUCAGGUGUCGGUAGAUAACGUGGUGGAGCUGAUGCACCAGGUCUCGUUGGGGAUGAAGUAUUUGGAGGAGAAGAACUUCGUACACAGAGAUUUGGCAGCUCGGAACGUUCUGCUGGUCAACCAACAUUACGCCAAGAUCAGUGACUUCGGACUCUCCAAAGCGCUCGGCGCAGACAAUAACUAUUACAAGGCACGAACAUUAGGCAAAUGGCCUCUAAAAUGGUACGCUCCGGAGUGCAUCAACUACCACAAGUUCUCCAGUAAAGGCGAUGUCUGGAGCUUCGGGGUCACCAUGUGGGAGGCGUUCUCCUACGGAGGAAAACCUUACAAGAAAAUGAAAGGUCCCGAGGUGAUCACCUUCAUCCAGAGCGGCAGCCGCAUGGACAGUCCACCUGGCUGCCCGGAGCCCAUGUACGAGCUGAUGAAAGAAUGCUGGACCUUAAAUUAUGAAGACAGGCCGGGUUUCAUGAAAGUGGAGGAGAAGAUGAGGACCUACUACUACUCCAUUUCUAAGAAGAAACCCACUGAGGAGAACGGAGAGGAGAAGACGCCGGAAAAUUAGCAGGAAUUAGAAACAGCCUGGUGUGUGUGUAGUGUGUGUGUGUGUGUGUGUGUGUGUGUAGUGUGUGUGUGUGUGUGUGUAUGUGUGUGUGUGUGUGUAGUGUGUGUGUGUGUGUGUGUGUGUGUGUGUGUGUGUGUGUGUGUGUGUGUGAGAAAGUGCCCAGAAAUACAAAUUCUUUGCAGGAUCCGCUGUGCGUCAGAGGUCAGAGCUGGAAGUGAAAACUUUGUGCUUAUGAAAUACAUUAAGUUUUUGUUUUUUUUAAUUCACAUCCUCUUUGAGAUAAUGAUGCAAGUUUAACAGUUUUUCUUUCGAAGAAUAAACGCCUUUGCCACUUCGUCAUGUUUCCUCGAACCUUUUUAGUAACGAUGGUGAAGCUUGAAAAGUAAAAAUGGCAAUAAUGGAGUGAUUUAAUUGCUGAUCAGUCUUAAAGUCUUCUUAAUUCAUGGAAGAAAUUUUAGCCGAUUGGGAUUUUGGACAAAUUCAAAAUCCCAAUCAAAAUGUUAUUAUGGAUAGUUUUACACUUGUGUGUGAAUUCCUGUGUGUGUUGGUGUUGUUUUCUUUUUUUUUGUUUUCAAGAAUACUUUUUUUUUUUUACUUUUUAAUAAACUAUGCAAAUACAG